GCUUCCAUUGUAAUUAUCCCUUCACACCAUCAUUCUAGCAUAAAAUAGCUCUAGUUUCUCUUGUAAUAGCUUAGUUUCUUCUUCCAUUUUUGAGCAAGCCAUGGCCUUCUCCAAAGGACAAAGGACUAAAGAAGGAUGAAUGCAGUUUGGCUUCAGAUUUUCUGGUGCUUAUUUCGGGAGCCAUUUCUCACAACUCAGACAUUUUCUUGACAAUCCGACGGUUCAUAUUGAAGAUCAAUGGGUUGGGAACAACAUAUCCAAAUUAUAGGCCAAUCCAACGGUUAAUCACAUCACAAUGACCGUUUUUCUAAAAGAGGUCUGAGCUGUCCAACACCCACGGGUUGAGGGACCAAAACUCAAAUUCUUCCCACAAUCAUGAAGGGACAAAGCCCACAUGAAGUAAUGUGAUUAUCAGCUGAUUCAUGAUGAUAAUGGAGGUCCCAAGGUGUGGUUAAAGUGGCUUGAAUGGGGGACAAAGACAAAAGCAAAAGAUAAAGCAAAAGAUUUAAAGAAAAAUAAAGUGGAGCAUUCAUGAUCAAGAGGCCAACCAUCACCACGGUUUUGGCACUCAAAAAUACUAUAAAUAGACCCUUAAGCUCUCCUUCAUGGUCAUCCCUUCUCAAGUCUUUCUUACCUCUUCAUUCUAUAAGUGUAUUCUUGAGUUCUUGAUCCUAGGAGGCUUCUUAGAGCUCCUCUUCCAUCAUCUUUGUCCUUGUAAGUUUUAAGCUAUUCAUGGCUAUGAAUAGCUAAACUCCUUGUGUUGGGAUUAGUUGUAACCUUUUGAUUAUGUAUUCAUCUUGAUUUUCAUAUGUGAAUCCUUGUUCUAUGCAUGAUUUUAAUGAAGUAAUUUUGUUUUUAAUGCUUGUUUUGGAAUUGGCCAUUUAAAACAUGAUCUUGAAUUUGGUAUGUGAGUGAAAGCUACAUGUUAAGUUGAUAUAGAUUGUUUCAUCUUUGAAUCUUAAUUGCUAGACAUAGAGUUAGGAUUCAUAGUCUUUAACACCUGAAUCGAUAAAUUGCUUUGUUGGUUAUGCAAGACAUUGAUAGCUAGGGAAGUUAAUUAAUGAUCUUUUUAUGUGAGAUAUCAAUAAAAAAGAUAAGAAUUGGUGUGAUGAAAUCCAUGCUAGGACAAGAUUCAUGUAUGAGAUUAUAGGAUACAUAAAUCAAUUGGUGAAAACUAAUCCCAACCAUUUUCUCAACUUGUAACAAUUUAAAUCUCAUUUUAUUGCUUACUUUGCUUUAUUAUCUAUUGUAUGAACUUGGUUACAAAACAAACAAACAAACUCUUUGAAAAACUUAUUGCUUAAGUAAUCAUCACUGAAGAACGGCAUUUGUAUUUCAAUUCCCUGUGGUUCGACAAUAACCCGUCUAUUCUACAAUUGGAUUUUGAAAGAAAUUUAAUAGUAGAGAAAUUUAGGCAAGAAAAAUAAAUCUUUCAACAAAAAUGGCGCCGUUGCCGGGGAAUUGUGUUAAUACAAAAAGCAUUGCUUUAAUAUGGUUAACUUAAGCAAUUGUAAAUGUUGUAUAUAUAUUUCUUUUGUUUUUUUCAACUAAUCUUCUUGGUUAGAUUGUUGUCUCACUUUGUGAAUGCGAGGAAAAGUUCCAGUUGAAAAAUUAUUGUUCGAUCCAGAAAUAGAACGAACAGCUAGAAGGAACAACAACAAAACAAAGAAGAGAAAACAGUUAGCCAAGCAAAGAAAGGAGCAAGAAGCAUCAUCUUCUACAAUCUUUUCAAACAAUCAACAAGAAACAAUGGCUGAGGAGGAAGAAGUUGUCAACAAUGACACAAACAUCGGGUUUGUGAAUUUCACUCCUCGGAACAUGACCAGAAUUGGUAGAGUUGCUGGGAAUGAUGAAAGACCACCAGAGUUUUCAGGUGAAAGCCUAUGUGAAGCCUGGGAGAGAUACAAGUCUAUGCUCAAAAAAUGUCCAAAUCAUGGGUUUGAUGCUAAAACCCAAGUUCACAUCUUCAGAAAUGGCCUACACCAACAAAGCAAACUAAUCCUAGAUGCCACAGCCGGAGGAUCUCUAAUGGCUAAAACACCAACUGAAGCCAUUCAAAUCAUUGAGGCUAUGGCCUUAAAUGACCAACAAACUCAACAUCAUAGAGGUCCACCAAGGAAGAGCGGAAUGCUUGAGCUAGGAGCAACUGAUGUUGUCUUGGCUCAAAACAAGCAACUGCAGCAACAACUUGAUGAGGUGAAGCAGAAACUUGCAGAUUUACCCAAGCAGCUGAAGGAAAUGACAGAUUCCUCUUCUAGGAGGCAAGUGAACAGAUGUGAUGCUUGCACAGGUGAUCACCCAACCAAUAGCUGUGACCAGAAAGAGGAGGAUGUGAAUUAUCUGCAGAACCAACAAAGGCAGGGUCAGUAUCAAGGCAACUACCCCAGGGGAGGAAACCAGCAAUACAACCAACCUUGGAAGCAAGAUGCUGGUCCCUCAUCUAAUAGAGCACCAUAUCAAAAUCAACAAUACCAGCAGAAUCCACAGUACCAACAACCACCACCAGAUUGCGCUGCAAAAUUGGAGGAUACUUUGAACCAAUUUAUGCAGAUGUCCAUGGCUUCUAUUAAAAAUCUGGAGAUCCAGGUGGGACAGAUGGCUAAACAAUUGGCUGAAAAUCAAAAAGGAAAAUUUACAGCAAAUACUGAGCCCAAUCCCAAGGAACACUGUUAGGCAAUUUUUACAAGGAGUGGAAAGGAGGUUGGUAGAGAUGUUGGUGAAGCUGUGAGGGAAAAGGAAGAGGGUGAUGAGGAAAGAGAAGGAAAGAAAAAGAAUGAAGAGAUUGAGAAGGAGGUAUUGAAAAAUAAAGAUGUAAAUAUGGGAGAAAAGAUUCGUGAGAAAAAUGUGGAAGAAAGAGUAGGAAGUAGUGGUGAGAAAAAUAAGGAAGGAGAAAAAAAUGAGGAGAAGAACAAAGAGAGAAACACCCAAAAGUCUCCACUGGAAAAGAAACUUCCUUAUCCACAUGUUCCUACAAAGCUUGAUAGGGAAAGGCAAUUUGCUAGGUUCAUGGAUAUCUUCAAAAGGCUGCAAAUCAACAUUCCAUUUGGAGAAGCAUUGGAGCAAAUGCCAACCUAUGCAAAAUUCUUGAAAGAAUUGUUAACAAAGAAAAGGAGGUAUCAGGAUGAAGAGGUAAUUCACUUGAGUACCAACUGUAGUGCCAUCAUUCAAAACUUCAUUCCUGAGAAUCUAAAGGAUCCUGGGAGCGUCACAAUUCCUGUUACUAUUGGCAAUAUAUCAGUGGGAAAAGCUCUGAUUGAUUUGGGAGCUAGUGUUAGCCUUAUGCCGUUAUCCAUGAUGAAAAGGGUAGGUGGCUUGGAGCUGAGGGCAACCAGGAUGUCUUUGCAGCUAGCAGAUAGAUCAGUCAAAUACCCAGUUGGCAUAGCAGAGGAUGUUUUGGUAAGAGUUGAUAAAUUCUUAAUUCCUGCUGACUUUGUUGUUAUUGAUAUUCCAGAGGAUGAGGUUCCUAUCAUUUUGGGAAGACCUUUCAUGAGAACUGUAAGACCCAAGUUUUUAAGCUUAGAAUAAGUGGAAGAGAUUUCCAUUUACGAUUAGGCUUGAUGUAUCGUGAAAGGAAAAACCUGGACAAGAGUUGAGUAGAGGAAAUAAAUUUAUGAAGGAGAAAGUUCAGGAAAAGUCUAAGGAUUGUACCAUAAUCGAUAAAAGUUAUAGCACGAUCGUUAUACGCUUAAACCUAGGGCGAAACCCUAGGAAAUAUCUAGUUUUUCAUUUAUAGGCACGAUGGAAGCUAAUUCCACAAAUCUUCAGAGAAAUGUCAGAACUUCUCUUUUUCCAUAUAUCACAAUCGUUUCAAGGCGAAACUCUAGGAUCUACGAACGUCCGAUUCCAAUCAUCGGAAGUUUGCCGAA